GUUCGCGUUGUUAGUUACUAUCCUCCUUCUUCAGUUCGCCUGAGAUUCCUUUGGUGCCGUCAAGAAUUCCAGGAGAUCCAGCCAGUUAGUUCAUAUUUCUUGACGCACACCGGGAACAGGCGUACAGCCUUUCCGUCCUCCCCCCCUUUCGAGUCACCACCGCUGCGUGGGAAUCAUCCAUCCCCUCGCUAUGAGACUCCCAAGUUGUCUGGUUCCCGUCGUGACCAGUCUCUUAUCGCUCCUGUCGCAAAAUGUUCUCGCACACGCUCAAAGAGACAGAAUCAACUACAUCUCACUCAUUGAGGACCCGGUGAUCAAUACUCCAUCACGACGAGUACACGCAUUGUCAAGUUUCGAUCUUAUAUUUUCACUUCAUCAGAAGAACCAGCGCAUAAAGCUGAGCCUGGAACCAAAUCAUGACCUUCUCGGGUUCCAGCCCGAGGUACACUACGCUGACAACGACGGACAACUCCAGCAAAUACAGUCCAUUAAUAGGUAUGACCAUAAAGUCUUCAAGGGAUGGGCUUCGGUCGAGUCUGAGAGUGGUUGGGAACGAUCGGGGUGGGCACGCAUCGUUGUCUAUGACGAUGGCCCAUUCCCUUUAUUCGAAGGCACCUUUACAAUAAUGCACGACCACCAUCAUGUCUUGCUGCGAUCUAGUUACAUGCAGACAAGGCAGCCGUCGGAUCCCGCCUUGGAAGAUACGACUCGGGAUUAUAUGAUCGUCUUCCGUGAUUCCGACGUCGGUCGGGAUAUACAUGCGAAUCUCAAGCGUGGCUCACCGAUAGAACGUUCGUGUGGCUCAGACAGUUUGAGCUUUAAUACCGACCCUGACCACCCUAUGUUUCGCCCGGUGGAGCGACGCGACCAGAGCUCCUGGGCCGCGAUGCCACUCGAUCUCAUGAUGGGCAUCAGCAAAAGGCAAGGAGACAUCUCUGGCGGGAAUCCUGGGGGUCCAAUAAACAUCCGGGAAACGAUUGGAAGCACUGCUGGUUGCCCGAGAACGAAAAAAGUCGCUUUAAUUGGCGUCGCCGCCGAUUGCGAGUAUACAAAGUCUUUCAAUUCUUCGGUCCAGGCCGCUCAACGCAACAUUGUCAACGUGGUAAACAGUGCGUCUCAGAUCUACGAGGAAGCAUUCAACAUCACCCUCGGGCUCAGAAAGGUCCAAGUUCUUCCCGGAGAAUGCCCCGCGACUCCACCGGCCUCCGCCCCUUGGAACGCUGCUUGUGGCACAAGACAGAAUUCAGGACCCGAUAUCUCUCGGAGAUUGAAUCUCUUUUCCGCUUGGAGAGGUGAGCAGAACGAUGAUAAUGCGUUUUGGAUGUUGAUGACAACUUGCAAUUCCGGCCCUGAGGUUGGCUUGGCCUGGCUGGGUCAAGUGUGCAUCAACACUGCCAGCCGGCAGUCAGACCGUGACGGUGGGCCCACGCAAUCAGUGAGUAGCACCGGAGUUGUCGUGCGAACUCCACAGGAAUGGCAAGUGUUUGCUCAUGAAGCAGGCCAUAUCUUUGGUGCUGUUCACGAUUGUGACUCUGAACUUUGCGCAUCGCCGGCCAACGUUGCCAGGGCUCGUUGCUGUCCUCUAACGGCCGAUAGCUGCGAUGCAGAUGGCCGGUUCAUCAUGAAUCCAACCUCAGGAAGGGGUAUUACUGAUUUUUCUCCCUGCACAAUCGGCCAGAUUUGUACUGCAAUGGGUCGAAACAUCGUUCGGACCAGCUGCUUCACAAAUAACCGAAACGUGGUAACAUACGCCGGGAGUGAGUGUGGUAAUGGUAUUGUCGAAGAAGGUGAAGACUGUGACUGCGGCGGCGAGGAAAUGUGUGCCAACAACCGAUGCUGUGACCCUAGGACUUGCAAAUUCCGCGAUGGUGCAGUCUGCGACGACUCAAACGAGGAGUGCUGCAGGAAUUGCCAAUUUGCUUCGUCAGACACCGUUUGUCGACCUAGCACCGGUCCUUGUGACCCUGAGGAGAAAUGUACCGGGAGAACCGCUCUGUGCCCAAAAGACAGUUACAAGAAAGAUGGUGAUAGAUGUGGAAAUGGGCUUGCCUGUGCUAGUGGGCAAUGCACCAGCAGAGACAUGCAAUGUAGAGUCAUGAUGGGUGGCAGGCUCGGCGGAAACGACACAGAAUCGUGCGAUUUUUCGAGCUGUUCCCUAAGCUGCCGCUCCAGAUCAUCAAGCCCCGAAGUUUGUGUAAUUGGAAUGCAGUACUUCCUGGAUGGCACCCCUUGUGUUGCCGGUGGAGUGUGCAAAAAUGGCUCCUGUACCGGAAGCUCCUUUGGCAACGAAAUUCGGUCCUGGAUUGAUAGGAACAAGAACCUUGUUAUCGGUCUCUCUGCUGGUCUUGGCGGUCUCCUAGUUCUCGCGAUUUUCGGCUGCAUUUUCCGUCGCUGCCGAAGACCUAGACCAAAGAACCGGAAGAUGGCACCCAUGAAAGUGAGAAGCGUACCAGAUAUGUGGACAAGCUCAGUACCGCCUGAUCAGUACACUCGCGGCCCUCCACCAGGCCCACCACAGAAUAUACCACCGGUAUAUCCACCACCAGCAUAUUCGCAAACCUAUGGACGUGGUGACAUGCCUUCACCUCGAUAUGCAUAA